AUGGACUCCAUUGCAAUCGUGACGCGCCUCCAACAACAAGUCGAUGACGACGCCCACGCCCUCAACGAGUUGAGUACGGUAUACCAAGCUCACUCGCAACAAGUGGAGGAAGCCGAUGAUACGCCCACGCCAGUGAUCGACAGCUUCUUCAGUCAAGGAGACAACGCAGCCCUCACGACCAUGUCGAACUUUACUCCGGCCGAGAUCGAAACGAUUUGGGCCUUAGUUGAACCCGCCAUGGUGACCAGCUGGACGAUGGGACGAGGCCUCAAGUCAAAAACCUCACCAAAGGAUGCAUUUUUCAUGCUCCUGUAUGUGCUUAAGCACUGCAACGCUUGGGACAAACACGCCCUCGACUUUAACAUGAAGGCUCCAACUUUCGAAAAGAUGAUCCAGAGUGUAACUGUCAUCGUCGAACCAAUUCUCUACGAGCACUAUGUUAUGCCUGUCAACAUGACCCGUCAAGUCCAACAAGGAAAGGUUUUUGCCAACUUUCCGUCAGCACUGUAUUGUACGGAUAUCAUGUUUCAGCCCUCGUAUCGACCUACUGGACGUUUCGACGAAGCCAUACACUACUUCUCGGGAAAGCACAAGCUCUACAGUCUGAAGCUCGAGUACUCCGUUGCUUACGCCGAGGUUGCAGUCGAUAUGUCAGACCACACAACAGGAUCAGUUUCUGAUUUGACCAUUUUCAAGAAAAGUCGGAAUAUCCACCAAGAAGUGCUUCGGAAGUCUGCGCCCAAACAGGACACGGUGGACCAUGACGAAGGUUUCGACGAGUACCCAGACUCGUGGAUGAGGUUCGAGCAAUUCACCCAACUCGAAGACCCCAAGGUGGACUCCACUCAGCCCGAGAGAUGGAACGGAAUGGGCUUGUGUCUUCCGACCGGGUUCUCGUCGAGAUUUUGGUCGGAUCUGCAGCCUUUGGAAAAUUAUGCGCAGACGUACAAGUGGAACGAAAACCGUUUGACGUUGUCUCAAGAUUAUGCUGUGCUCUCACCAGUGCCCAUGUGUCGUGGAUGCCGCUACGUCGUACUGACGGAAUUUACUAUCAUGGUGUUUUGUCUCGCUACAGCAGCAUGUCAAAUGAGGCGGCAAAAAGGCGCAGUCGAGCGCAGGCUCAGUAUCGUGCCCGUCGUGCAAGGCGACUGA